AUGAGCUCUUCAGCUGGUGCUCGCACUGCCAAGAAGGCUACCAAGGAAUCAAAAGAAUCUGACGCACCAGCACCUCCUGCUGCUGCUGCUCCCACAGCGUCUUCAAGUGAACCAACCAAUGACACUACGAAUUCAACCGCAUCGUCCACCAAUCGUAAACGAUCUGCACCUUCACCUCCCACAGCUACCGCCGCUACCACCCCCACCACCAAGAAAGCUAAAAAGAAAGACCCAUUCAAAGGCUUAAGUCCUGGUGCUAAACGUAUUUCCAAGGAGUUGGCAGAGAUUUCCCUUGAUCCACCCGCCAACUGCAGUGCUGGUCCUAAGAGUGACAAUUUGUUUGAUUGGGUAUCGACCAUUGCUGGACCUUCUGGUUCCCCUUAUCAAGGUGGUAUCUUUUUCUUGGAUGUUCAUUUUCCUGAGGAGUAUCCAUUCAAGCCUCCCAAGAUCACAUUCCGAACUCGCAUUUAUCACUGCAACAUUAAUAGCCAAGGUGCUAUUUGCUUGGAUAUCCUCAAGGAUAAUUGGUCACCAGCACUAACCAUCUCCAAGGUGUUGCUUUCCAUUUGUUCAUUGUUGACCGACCCCAAUCCUCAUGAUCCACUUGUUGGUAGCAUUGCGCAAGAAUAUCUUACUGAUCGUGAGACGCAUGAUCGCCACGCACGUGAAUGGACCAAGCGGUAA